AUGAAUUUUGACUUUCUAUCUCAAACAAUUCCCGAGCAAUCACCAAAUAUAAAUCAUCAAAAUUCUUUUUCUUCAAAUAUCCAAAAUUCAAAUGAUGAAGAAUUAAAUCAAUUAAUACUGCCUAAUCCAAAUAACUUAGACAAUUUACAAUCAACAAAUAGUCUUUCAACAUUUGAUUUUCAAGAUUAUUUACAUUCUGCAAAUAGUACUAUGGAUAAUAUUGAUUUAAAAUUAGAUGAAUCUUUCCCACCAUUACCACCAUAUUUACAAACUCCAAAAGCAUCUGCAAGUCCAACUUUUUUAAAUCAACAACCUUUAGGUGGAUCUAAUUUUUCAAAUCAAUCUACUCCAGCUAUAAAAUCAAAUGGUCAUUUUACAACUAUUUUACAAAAUAAUAAUGAAUCACAACAUAAUAUAAAUAAAAUUUUUUCACCAAUAAAUACAACUUAUUCAAAUAACAUACCUGAAAAUAAUAAUAAUGAUAAUUCAAUUAAUACUCCAAAUUCUGUUUUGGGGUUAAAUAAUUCAUCACAACAAUUUACUCCACCAAAUACUAAUAAUAAUAUAUCACAAAUAUCAUCAACAAGAACAUCAAUAGCAGAAAAUCCAAGUCCAACUAUUGGAUUAGGAUUAAAUACAAAUCAACCAUUAACUCAAUUUGAACAAAUGAUUAAUCAACAAUCAUUAUUAACUACUCCAACUCAACAAAGAUUUUAUAAUCAUAAUCAAAAUUCAAAUAAAACUUCACCAUUUGCACAAUAUCAAUUAGCUAGCCCUAAUCAAAUUCAAGAUAUUCAUCAAGAACAAUCACAGUCACAACAAUUACCUUUUAAUUUAAAUACACAUAAAGCUCAAUCUGAACUGAACUUACAUUUGCAAAAAUUGUGGCAACAACAUAUUGAAAAUUCUUUUCAAUUUGAAGAUUCAAUUGAAUCAUUAAAUCAAAUACUGGUUGAGAAUAUAAAUACAGGUAUUAAGCAAGAACUGAAAAUUUUAAAAUUGGAUCUCAAACCAAGUGAUGAACAACAAUCAAUAAAUGAUUCUCCAACAACAAUAGAAAUAGCAAGUCCUCAAUCAUCAGAUAAUGAGACUUCAGAUAAUAAUGGCUAUAAUUAUAGUCAUAAUAUCACUGCUGAAGAAUUGUUAAAUGAUGAUUUUUUUGAGGAUUUAAAUCAAAAUAAUUCAUUAAAUAAAUUUGAUAAUUCAAUCAACAAUGAUUCAAAAUCUGAACAAAUUAGAAUAGAAAAUGAUUCUAAUACAAUUAAAAUUGAACCUCAAUCUCCAAAAAUGCCACCUAUUUUUAAAAAUGAACCAUCAAAAACUAUAUCACAAAAACUAACCUCUACAACAAUCAUACCAAGGAGGAAAAAAAAUUCAAUAUCUGGUCCCGUCUCUUCAAAUUCAUCAAAAUCAAAUAAAAAAGUUCUUAAAAAAUCAUCAUCAUUCAAUGGAACAUCAGCAUUAUUCAAUAAUUCUAAAUUACAAUGGACUAAAAAUCAAACAACAACAACAUCAACAUCAACAUCAUCAAUAUCUCCAACAACUACUACAUUCAAAAAUUCAAAAUCUUUAUCAUCAUCAUCAUCAACAACAAAAAAGCCAGUAUCUGGUAAUAAUAGUCACAUAGAUCUUAUAAAUUCAAUGCCAGUAAUAACUUUAAAAAAUCAUUAUUCUUUUAUUUAUGAAAAUGUUGAUACAAUUUAUCAACAAGAUUCAGAACUAAAUUCAAAAAAACCUACUGAGACUAACUCAUCAAUUAAUUCAACUAAUUUAUCAAGCACCAUUCCUUCAAAUAAUCAAAUUAAAAAACAAAGUACUUCAAAGAAUAAAAAUUUAAAAUCUGGAUUAAUUGAAUUUCAAAUUGAUUUAAAAAAUUAA